AUGCCCGUUGAAGAAAUAGGUCGAGAUUUGUCGACCGCAGCGAAACGGACGCAGCGUCAAAAGCAGAACGCUUUAUGGCAGGUGGCAAGCGACAACUGCAAGCAUCAGUUUACGGACUGGUUCAAUUGUUGCUUGCUCAUAAACGCCAAGGGCCAUCGCACUCGCUUUGUCACGCACAUCCACAACAAGAAAGCGGUCGGUGGCAAUUUGAAUCUCAUUCGGCAGAAGCUUGUCGCCAACCCGAUCAACAUCUGCAGCAGAACUGACUGGAGCAGGGCGCCAGACUUUUCCUUCGUCGCAAAAUAUAGACCAAUGGGGAUGUCGACGGGACCCUUCACGGUUCGGAAGAAGUGUCAGAAGGUAUGGGCUAAGCUUUUACGGUAUGCCGACAUGCGCGACGGUAUCUUCACGGAAGCUUUCAGAGGCCCAGCUCGAGCACAUCCUGACCUUGGAAAGUUCGGCCUCUUGGUCAUUUGGGUCAAGUGUGGCACUGCAAACAAGAGGGUGCUGCUGGUGAAUGACAACAGGUGCUCACUUGAGCACAGCUUAUUUCAUGGGAAUCCCAUGGAGCUCGGACCUGUCACCAUGGCCCCUCGCUGA